CUCUACGGAAAAAUAGAAAAACAAAAUCCCCCGCACACACACAAAUAGAUACAAACAUAUAGAUAUAGAGAGAGAAAGUGUAUUCUAGAGAGAGAAAGGGGGUGGAGGUGGGGUAUUAUGAUGAUGGCGGAGGGAUGAUUAUGAUGAACAAGAAGGAGGUGAUAUGUAGAUGUUGUUUGUAGAAGGGCUGGCCAUGUUGAGGCAGCUCAUCGGUCAAGUUCAAGAGCUCUUAGACCUCUACGGCACUCCUCUUCCUCCUCCGCUGCCGACCGCUCCUCUACCGUAUAUCUUCCAUCAUCAACCUCCGACGAUACUCGCACCGCCGCCGCAACUUCAUAACGACAGAUGGUGUUAUAUGGACCUUGAAGAAAAGCCUUCAGAAGAUGAUUGCUAUGAUCUUGUAAUGAGAGGUGGAAAGUUCAAAAUGUUGGGCCCACCUUCAAAGAGAUCUCGGAAGGAAAGAAAAUUACCAGAAAGCCCUUCAAACAAGACAAUGGAAGAAGAAAUCUGGAAAGAGUUUCCGGAAGAUUUACACGAGGCGGUGAUCGCUCGACUUCCGGUAGCGGCCUUCUUCCGGUUCCGGUCAGUUUGCCAGAAAUGGAACUCUUUACUAACCUCAAACAGCUUCUCCCUUCAAUGCUCUCAACUCCCACAACCACCCCAACCAUGGUUCUACACAAGAACUCACGAAAACGUCAACACCGGAGCCAUGUACGAUCCGGUCGCCGGAAAAUGGCACCACCCCACCGCUCCGGCCAUCCCCACAAAGAUGAUCGUUCUUCCGGUGGCUGCCGCCGGUGGUUUGGUAUGUUUUCUUGACAUCGGUCACCGGAGCUUCUACGUGUGUAACCCUUUAACCAAAUCGUUCAAAGAGUUGAAGGGUAGAUCGGUCAAAGUCUGGUCAAGGGUAGCGGUAGGGAUGAUGAGUCUGAAUCAGAGUGGCUACCGGAUUAUGUGGGUGGGGUCGGACGGUGAGUAUGAGGUGUAUGACUCCAAGACCGACACGUGGACAUGUCCAGGGAAUAUUCCGGCGAGUGUGAAACUCCCGCUGUCGUUGAACUUUAGGUCACAGGCGGUGACUGUAGACGGGUGGAUGUAUUUUCUAAGGUCAGAUCCGGAUGGGAUAGUAGGGUAUGACGUGGCGAAUGGAAUUUGGAAACAAUUUACAGUUCCGGCCCCUGUUCACCUGAGUGACCAGAGCCUGGCGGAAUGUGGCGGCCGGAUUAUGUUGGUGGGGUUGCUGACAAAAAACGCGGCCACGUGUGUAUGCAUAUGGGAGCUUCAGAAGAUGACUCUCUUGUGGAAGGAGGUUGACAGAAUGCCAAAUGUAUGGUGCUUGGAGUUUUAUGGAAAGCACAUUAAGAUGUCUUGUUUGGGUAACAGAGGUUUGCUUAUGUUAUCUUUGAGAUCUAAGAUGAUGAAUCGGUUGGUUACUUAUGAUGUUUUCAGGAAGGAAUGGUUUAAGGUUCCCAAUUGUGUGCUCCCACAUAGUAGGAAGCGACAAUGGAUUGCUUGUGGGACCGCCUUUCAUCCGUGUCUUACUGCUAAGGCUUAGAGUGAAGGCCUUGUUUUAAUCUUGAUCGUUUGUUUUUGUGUAAUGUUAAAUAUAAUAUGUUUACGAUACGAUGCUCUUUUGGAUUAAUGUUUCUAGUGCCACGAAUGUGUAAUAUUAAUGAAUGACGUUUGUUUUAAUA